AAGAGCCGCUCGGUCGGUUUGGUCAGUUAGUCAGCUCUGCGGGGGGGUUAAUCUGUCGGUCAGUCAGUUUUUCGGGGGGGUUAAUCUAUCAGUCAAUCAGUUUUCCCGGGGGUUAAUCUCAGUCAGUUUUUCGGGGGUUCAGUCUUUCAGUUAGUCGGUUUUUCGGAAGGCCGCCAUGGACAGGAGUGAGAAGGACAGUGGGCCGUCUGCCGGAAUGACGGGUAACAAGGACGCCUGGGAGCCCGGGGCAAAAUGCCGGAAGAUGAGCACGACGGCAUCGGAUUUGGGACAGGGCGCUAGCAGCAAGGGCAAGAUGAAAAAGUCCCAGCUCAAGGGAAAAGGUAGUGUUAAAAAACAGAACGACGGUCGAGACUGCGGGGGCGGAAAGUAUAGCGCCUCACUAAGCACUUCAGCGGUCGGAUGGGGUGAUAUAGACAGCCCGCGGAUAACCACAGAAAGACCCGGAACAUCUAAAAGCUCUGCGGCCAGGGGUGUCAUCUCCGUUAGCUGUCAAACUGGCAAGGCAGGGUUUUCAAAUGUCAUCUCAGAAAGCCGUAUGUACGGCGAGCUACCGGAUCUCUCUUCGCUGAUUUCCUCUAACGUCACCCGCCAGCCGAUUACCGGUGUUACUGACGCUCACGAUGACCCGCUAACGGUAGAAACGGCGGGCGACAUAACGAUCUGCUUAAGCCGGGUGCCUCUUCGCCCUCUCUCAAUAAGCCCGAAGAUCAAGACCGAAGCUGGGCCUGCGAUUUUGGUCAAAGCAGAAGCUGACUGCAGGGACUUGAAUCACACCAUACCGCCUUCUGAAGGAGGAUUUUCUGAAAUGUCUUGGAGUAAAGACAGAAAUGAAAAAAUUAAAAAACCCAUGAAUGCUUUUAUGGUGUGGGCAAGAAAUCACAGACGCGAGCUGGCCAAGGACAACCCAAACGCCAACAACACAGAAGUCAGUGUGCUGCUCGGACUAAAGUGGAGCAAGAUGUCCAAGGAGGAGAAGAUGCCUUUUUAUGAGGAGGCUUGGAAGAUAAAACAGCAGUACAGACAGGAGGUCCCUGAUUUGACUUAUCAGCCAAAGCCUGGGGAGAGAAACAUCUACUUUCCUGGUAAGACUAGCUCAACAGCUUCCAGUAAUUCCCAAGAUCCCAAAGAUUCAUCUGUAGCAUGUGGGUCAGGGUCUGCAUGCUAUUCUCCAUUUCCCACUGCUUCAACCAGCAAAAGCUCAACUGCAGAAAACAGUUUUACUAAAGGUCACAGGGGGUCGGGAGCCAAUCCCAGAGGCUAUGGGUAUGAGGCAGGAACAACCCCAGGACAUAGCAGGAAUUUUGUCCUUCAGGAUUCUAAGAACGCACAGACCAGCAAGUCAGCCACUGUCUUAUUUUACAGUGGAGACCUGCCUUCAACAUUCCGUACUAAGCAGCCUGCACAGACUGAGGCCAGUGGUUACAUGGACAUAUCUGGUGCCCUGUCAUUCUCUCAGGUGGCAGGGCAGACAACACAUGAGCAAGUCCAUAAGAAAGCUAACAGUCAGCCUCUUAGCAGUCCUUCCCUGCAGCUGUACAGAGAUUUGUCUUAUAUAAGCAUGCAGCCUUCUUCCAGAGGUCUGCAGUGGCCAAGCCUUUACAAAAUCAAUCCUCAUAUAUAUCCUAUAAUGCCACACUCAUCCAAAAUCAUUUCCCCUGCUGGCUUACUGUUCCCUCCACCUCUGUUCAUGGCUGCUCCACAGUUCUACGCUGGAGGCUCAUUCUAUUACCCCUACAAUGUGUAUGGAUACCCGGAAUACACUAUCCCAGUGGUCAACCCUCUGAUCCGGGAAUGUGCAGAGAGUAAUGAGGCCAGCAACAGUCAGGGUGUCCCCACCACAGGAUUCCUUCAUUUAGCUCCACUUAAUGUUAAUGAGUCUGUCAUGGGUAGUGAUGUAAACUCUUCCUCCCCAGAUGACUCUUUGCAGGUGAUUAAUGUCACUGAUGAUGACACGGAGGUUGAAUUUACAGUGUUAUGAUUUACCGUGUUUAUUGUAAUAAAAUACAAUAUAUUGACGAAAGAAAUGUGUUGAAGGUCAGUUGCCAGAAUUACAACUGGGAUGUAAUUACUCAUUAUGAAGGACAGUUAAGAUAAUAAACUGCUUCAUGAAUAUA